UUUAGCCAAAAUUCCACAUCUUCUUAAGCCAUCAAUGGUUUCCAAAGCCUUCUCUUAUCUACCGGCCAUCUUCACUUUGUUGCUUGUUCAUGUAUCCUCUUUUCCUUCGGGAUACAAUAACAAUGGAGGAUACAACAUUGAUAACAACGGUCUCACUUAUAGAUUCUAUGACAUAUCCUGUCCUAAUUUACAGAUGACUGUCAGGUCAGGUGUCUGGAAAGCCUUCAGAGAUGACUCUAGAGUUGCUGCUUCUCUUCUUCGUCUUCAUUUCCACGAUUGUUUUGUUAACGGUUGUGAUGGGUCGAUACUUCUAGACGAGACAGAGGAAUUCAAAGGAGAGAAGAACGCGUUUCCCAACAGGAACUCCGUUCGUGGUUAUGAAGUCAUCGAUGCCAUCAAAGCCCAAGUUGAAAAAUCUUGUCCUUUGACCGUUUCUUGUGCCGACCUCGUUGCUCUUGCCGCGAGAGAGGCCGUAGUCCUCACUGGAGGCCCGUUUUGGCCGGUUCCGUUGGGGCGGAGGGAUUCGACGACCGCAGAUGAGCAGGCGGCGAAUACAAAUCUACCGUCUCCUUUGGAGCCUUUGGAGAAUAUAACGGCGAAAUUCGUGUCCAUGGGCCUCGACUUCAAAGAUGUGGUUGUCCUCUCAGGAGCGCACACAAUCGGAUUUGCACAAUGCUUUGUGUUCAAGAACAGGCUCUUCAACUUCAGAGGCUCAGGACAACCAGACCCGAAUCUAGCAGUCUCAGUUCUUACAAAACUACAGGACACGUGUCCUAACGUUGACUCGUCAAACUCCAAGCUGGCCCCACUUGACGUGGCAAGUUCCGUGAAGUUCGACAACGCAUACUACGUGAAUCUCAUGAAGAAAACUGGGCUUCUUGAAUCUGAUCAAAUUCUUAUGAACGAUCCAAAGUCAGCAGCUUUGGUAAAAUCCUACAGUGAGAAUCCUUAUUUGUUUAUGAAUGAUUUUGCAGUUUCUAUGGUCAAAAUGGGAAGCAUAGGGGUUUUGACGGGGAACGACGGCAUCAUUAGGGCUAAAUGUGGGCUUGUAAAUUAGCAUGUACCUACACACACAUAUAUAUGUAUAUGUGUAUGUGUUAUAGUAUUGUAUUGUAAUAUACAUGUUGUUGGGGACGGCAGUUGUUGACGACAGAAAAACUCCGGCAAUUCGAGCGAUUCCAGAUAAGUACCUGAUCGACCUUCGCUAGGAUCACCAUCGACACCAUCACCUCUCGGCCCUUGUGGUCGACCCUGGUACUAUAUCGAAUUCGUACCUUUGCGGAAUCGGUUUAGUCUAGGUAUUUACUACUUGACCAUCCAUUUACCUAGAUUGGCACGAUCAAGUUUUUGGCGCCGUUGCCAGGGACUGAGAUUUAGUCUUGGUGCCGGUUAGAUUCUAGUUUUUCACCACCAUCUACUUUCUUUCCACACUCAUCAAAUUUCCCUCUUUCGGGAAUCAAAACUUUGAUUCCUUCGGUUUAUAGUCUAGGAGCCGUGGAAGUCAAACUCUACUUCCUCCUGAUCCAGAAAUCGAAAGAACUCUUCAACUUCUGAGGCAACGAAGGAGAUUGGAAGCAAUGGAAGACAACGGAAAUGUUGACAACCAUCCUGCGCAUAACGCUACUCCAUCGAGAGCAGUCAAGCGAAAUGAAGUGCUCACUUUUGGAGAUUAUAAUGUUCCAAAACAUACUUUGUU